CUGUUUGAUAUUUCAGGAUGCUUGAAUUGAAAAGAAGCAUUGAAGAACUAAAAUCAGAAUUUAACAGAAAUCAUCAAACUCUGACAAAGCAAAUAAAGGCUCUGAAUGACAGCACAGAUGAGCUGGAGUCCAUGCACAAGAACACCAUGAAAGGCAGUUUGGUAGGAUCUUCAAUAGGAGCAGCGGGAGGAGUCACAGCACUCGUGGGACUGGCUUUGGCCCCGUUCACAUUCGGUGGUUCUCUGGCUCUUACUGCUGCUGGUGCCGUUGCUGGAGUAGCUGGAGGCGUCACGGGUGGAGCAUCUAACAUUACUGACGCCAUCAAGCAGAAAAGCCUACGCGAGACUAUUGAGAAGAUCAUCAAUGAUUUCCAGAGCACAAUCAACCCAAUGAUUGAGCUUCUGAGUAACAUUCAUAACAUCACAGAGAAAAAAGGAUUUCAAAAGGAGACAUUAACGCAGAAUGAAUUUCUGAGAGCAGCAAGAGGGCUUGGAGACAUAUUACAUAUUGCACAUGUAGCUGAUGUGGCUAAAUUUGCGAAAAUGUGUGCAGAGGUUGCCAAAGAGAUCCGUGUGUCUGUGAAAGGUGUCAGUGCUUUGCGUGCGACUGCUCAAACCCUCAAACCUCUCCGUAUGACAGCAGCGCUCACUGGCGCACUCUCCGUUGUGUCUCUAGCUUUUGAUGUUUACAGUAUUGUUCAAGAUUCAACAGAGCUUUCAGAAAUGAAUCAAUCAGCACACAAGAGAAAUGCAGAAGAAAUCAAAUCAGAAACGCUGAGAUUUAUUCAUCGGGUGAAAGAAAUAGCUGCUCAGUUUAAGAUUUGUGUGGAUAUAAUUAAACAUACCAUUAGACACUUUUAA